AUGUCUGUUUCUGCCAUCCAUUGCCACAGUAAAAGGUGUCAGUGCAGACUUUAUCUCCACAGGAGGACUGGGCACUGACUGCAGAGGCUUCCCUCCUUCAGCUGGCCUGUCUUUCUCCUGCUGGUUUAUGAUCUGUAGGUUCAGCUCAGCUUGUGAAUCCCACCCUGUGCGUCUUCUCACGAUAGUGCGCCACAUGUCUCGUGCUGAGCAGCAGUUCAGCUGCCUGUCUGUCAGUAUCUCUGCCACUGACGGCUGCAUGGUGAUCUCCACUGAGGAGGAACCUUAUCAGUUCUUGGACAUGAUGGAGCCAGAGGAGCAGGUUCCCAACACACUACCAUCCUCAGUGCGGUUUAAAUGUUCCAAACAGCUGAUACCAGGCCAAUGGCACCAUCUUUGUCUGGUUAUGGCCAAAGGAAUCAAGAAGAGCUGUUUUGUAACCGUUUAUCUGAAUGCAACAGUAAUUGGAACAGCAAAGAUUAAAUACAUUCUGCCAUUUCCCGGUCAGUCCGUCUCAAUGGAUCCCUCUGCAGUCAUUGACGUGUGUGGGAUUAUCGGCACUCCAUCUCUAUGGAAACAGCAUGCGGCUCUUGUCUGGCGGGUCGGUCCUACAUACUUGUUUGAGGAAGUUUUGAGUUCUGAUGAAGUGGACACUAUUUAUGGGCAAGGCACCAAAUAUAUCGGUAACUACCUUGCUGUCAGUGCCCAAGGAGGUGAGACAGAUGGUGUUAUGUCUCAAAUCAGGAUAGUCUCCCCGGAGAGGAUUUCCUUUGCCAUAAACAUGGCUGUAUCCGCCAUCACUACAGUAGCAGAUAUUAAAGACGAGUACAACGAGGUAGACUGUCGCCAUAUAGCCAAAGAGAUGGGGAUUACGUCACGUGAUAAUUGUACUCCUGUCUUUCUGGCUCAUAACAUCAGCCAGCACCUCAGUGGAACUGCUCGGACAAUUGGGGCAGCCCUGGUUGGUUGUUUUGGUGUAAGGACGUUCAAGUCAUACAGUGCUGCAAGUAGCUUCCAGUAUAUUGGUGGACCUGCUGCCGUCCUGAGUUUGGUGGCAAUGGCCUCAGAUGACGGCUCCUUGUAUGCUGCGAUCAAAGUUCUGCUCUCUGUUUUAGAGACGAAUCCUGUGAUGGAUCAGGAGAUGAAACGGACCAAUGGCUACAAGCUCUUGUCCUUCCUGCUGAAGAUGAAGUCUAAGCUGAUCAGCAGCAGAAUCUUCCAGCUAAUUAUGGCCAUAGUUGGCACAAUGGAGCUGGGCAUUUUCUCUGUUCGCAUUCCAAACAUCACUGCCUUCCAGGACAUCCUCUGUGACUUUGAGGUGUGGCAGAGUGCUCCAGAAAAUCUUGACAUUUGUGUUUUAAAUCAUUUCGUUGAAAUCCUGAAGUCACCGAGUGGGAGUCAACAGAAUGCUGAAGUCAUGCACAGACUCCACAUUAUGAGCAGACUCCUGAUCCUGCUGCAUGAUAACAAUGUGACCUGCAGGAAGGUGUCCGUUAUCUGCACCAUCAUCAGAUCCCUCCUCGAGGAACAUUUCAACACCACAGACAUCAAGAGGCUUGGACUCUUCCUAGUUCAUAGUCUUUUGCCUCCGACUUUGAAUGAGAAAUGCACUUUCUCCGAUUUGGAUUUUGAUGAUCAAUCACAAGGCUGGAGUCAAACCCCUGGGAGAUCAGUUUGGAUCAGGAACCAGUUGCUCUCUAUGCUGUCUUCUCUAAUCAUCUCAAACAAUUCAAGCAUUAACCAUGAAGAGGUAUUCUCCGCAUUGGGAUCCGAUUGGUUCCUCCUAUUCUUACAGAGCCACAUCCAUACCAGCACAGUGCUGCUGGUGCUCACACUGCUUACUCACUUCCUAUCAUAUCCAAGCAUCCUGGCCAAGUUUAGAGAGGGUGUGUCACCAGGAACAUUAGUGGAGACCAUGGAGAUGCCCAUCAAUAUCACAGAUAAUCUGAAGUCUCGCUCAUGGUCGUUUGAAUGUUUGAGCUGUAUCUGCCCGGGGUUUGAAGUCCUGCAGAAGCUUCUUGUCAGCCACAUCCACCUGCCUCAAGUUUAUGGAGCUAUUGCUGCACUGCUUCUAGGAAAAUCUGAUUUCCAGGUUCCUCCUGGGCAGGUGGAUGUUGACAUGAUGCUUCAGAGUUUGAUUGACGGCUGCAGUGAUAGAUCUGAGGGCGUUCAGCUAUGUGCAGAUGCAGCUUGUGUUCUUUUAGAGUUGAUUAAGGUUGUCAUUGCUAAGCCUGUAACAGGAAGUGCUGAUGGCUGGGAAGUGCAUUACCCGGGUAGUGUGAUGCAGUUUCUCUGCCUGGUGAACAGUUUGUUUCCUCAAGAUCCUCUCUGGACCUCCCCUGAUUUCCUAAGUUCACUGGCCAGUGCUGUUUUCCCCUCUGAAACCCCAGAGAGCUCUGCAGGUGUCCAGGGUAUCAAAGAAAGUGGAGAAGUGGUGGGGGAGCCCCUCUUGCUCCGUCCCUCCCACCCAGGCAGGAAGCAGGUGUGUGACUUCAUCCGCAUCCUCUUGAUGGACAGCCUCAUUAACAUUCCUGUCAAAGAUGGUUUUCAUCCUUUAAUACAACUAGUAGAGUUUUCCCCGGAUGGUGUCUGUCAAGAGCAGAGGCAGAGUUUUCAGACUGAACUCCUGGAGUUUGUGAUGAACAUCAUCCACAUGACAGGACAGGAAGAGGGCCAGUCUACUCACGUGACCAGAGAUGAUCCAUCCAGGUCCAAGCAGGAUGGUAAAGCUGCUGUUUUGGUUGAGAAUGUGGCAUUCUUCAGUAAAAUGCUAGUGGGAAAACUCUACUCUGGAAUGUUUGUGGUAGAGCCAGAGAAUCUCCUGGUCUUCAUGGCUGAACAGAUAGCAAUGGCACUGGAGAGAGGUCAUGGUAAUCGGGAAAUAACAGUCAGCGUUCUGUACAAAAACCUGAACCGAGCCCUUCUUUACUUCCUGUCUCGGCCCAGACAGACUCCAGCUGAGCAGGAACUCAUCGUUCAAACACUUCGCUUGUUACAGCAGCACUGGGAUGUGAUCAUGGCAACAUACAAUGCCAAUGUCCACUUCAUCAUCUGUCUCAUGCACUGCCUCGUACUUAUCCGCUCUGGCAGUUUUCUUGAAGGGUUUGGCUGCGAAGUCCAUAAAAAACCUACAAGAAACAUCUGGAGGCACAUUUUUCUACACAAGAACAACCGGGUGAUGUCACAGACUAAUGUUACAGAUUCAGCAGAAGUAGUGGAGUCGGAGCUGAUGCUGCUUGUGGAAAGCACCUGGAAUCGAGUCAUGAGGGAGCGGAGACAGGCACUAGAGGAGGCAUAUAAAAUCGACCUCUCUGCUAAGCCGGGCAGCAAGGAGGGCCAGGUUUCUAUGGGUGAUGUGAGCCCUCUGUGGGAGGAGACGGCCAUGAAAGCUUGGCAGGUCUUUAUAGACUCUCAGAAGAAAAAAGCAAAUAAUGGUCACCAGAAGAGGGCAGGACUUCUCAGCAGUGCGUUGCAGUCUGUUCAGAAGAGGUUUGGGAAGGAUCCAGUCUGCACUCCUGAGGGGUUUGUCUUAGACAUGGAAGCACACUGGAAAACUUGUGAGACCAUAUUUGACAGCAUGUUGAGGAGUCACGCACAGAUGAUGCAUAAUGAGAAUGAUCGUAUGGCCAUUCAGUGGCUAAGAAUAGAGGAAGACUUGCUCAGAGAGAGGGGUCUCUUUGGCCCUGGUCCAGGAGUCUUCCUCAAACGAGGCUGGGUGCAGAACACCGCAGAGGGGCGCAACCGCACACGAUCCCGAAUUCGCAGACAGCAGCUACAUCGAUCCAAAAAGAUGCCAUCACUGACCUCAGGUCUCAUUCAGAAGAAUUUUGUUGAAGAAAUCAAAGGAGCUACAGAAAUUAUUGAGGCUGAUUCAGACCCCAGGAUCCUGUGCGAGCCAAGCCGGGAGGUUGAGGAAGAGCACAGUUUGGACUGUCAGCAAUUGACCUUUUUCCCUGUCCUUAAUGAGGCCUCACCUCUGCCCGAGGAUUUCUCAGAGCAGUGCAUGGAUACUCAACUCAUACUGAAGGAGCUGGAACCCACUGAAGAGGUCAAAGCAAAACACUGUGUGGUGGUCGUCAGUGGUCACAUAGUGACCGAAGGAGUGCUGUUGUUUGGCAAAGCUGACCUCUACAUAUGUGAGGGCUUCACAUUGACCUCCACUGGAGAUGUGUGCUGUAGAAUCCAUCAUCAGACCAAUGUGAGAGACUCAUAUAUUUGCAAUAUGAUGACUAAAGAGAAAAGCUCAGUGAGCCCAAACUGCAAACGCUGGUCAUAUGAUGACAUCAAAGAGGCCAGUUUCAUGCGCUUUCUGCUUGAGGACAAUGCCCUGGAAAUUUUCUUAAAGAACGGAACUUCAGUUUUCCUGGUAUUCUUCAACAAUGACCACGUCAACGCAUAUAAAAGGCUGUGCUCUGUGGUCUCCUCAUUAAAGGGAAGGGGAGAAAUUGUACUUAAUGUGAGAAAGAUGGCAGCAGUUGAGAAGACUGCCCUAAUUAAAUGGCAGAGAGGAGAAAUCAGUAACUUUGAAUACCUUAUGCAUUUAAACACACUUGCUGGGCGGACAUACAAUGACUUGAUGCAAUAUCCUGUUUUUCCAUGGAUCAUUGCUGAUUACGAAUCAGAGACUCUGGAUCUGUCCUGCCCUGCUACAUUCAGAGAUCUGUCCAAACCAAUGGGAGCUCAAAAUGAGAAGAGGAGAGAGAAAUUCAUUCAGAGAUACAAUGAGGUGGAAAACAAUGAUGGUGAUCUGUCAGCUCAGUGUCAUUACUGCACACACUAUUCCUCAGCAAUCAUAGUGGCCUCGUACCUGGUGAGGAUGGAGCCUUUCUCCCAGACCUUCCUCCACCUGCAG